AUGUCUAAUGAAUUAUUUCUUCGAUAUUUACUUAGUUUUGAUAAUUUAAUUAUUGAUCCAAAAAAGUUAGAUCUAUGUAUGGAUAUGAAUAAACCUUUAGCACAUUAUUUUAUUUCAUCAUCUCACAAUACAUAUCUAGCAGGGUCUCAAUUGACUGGACGUUCAAGCGUUGAAAUGUAUCGACAAGUAUUAUUAACUGGAUGUAGAUGCAUUGAAUUGGAUGUAGUCGAUUCAGAAAGAAAAAAUGAUGAACCUGAAAUAAAACAUAAAAAUACACCUGUGAGACCGGUACUUUUUAUUGAAGUUAUUGUUGCUAUUAAAGAGUACGCUUUUAAAGUGACUUCAUAUCCAUUAAUACUUUCAAUCGAGAAUUUAUGCGGUCCUAAAGCUCAAGCUAAAAUGGCUCAAUAUUUUGUUGAUAUAUUCGGUGAACAUCUUAUAACUGAACCACUCAAAACACAUCCAUGUGAAGAAAACUAUCCAUUACCAAGUCCAAAUGAUCUUAAAUAUAAAAUCUUAAUUAAAAAUAAAAAACUAAAUCCAAAUCCAAGUCCAAAUUCAAUUUCAAAAGUAAAUAAUGGAAAUAAUCGAACACUUCCUCGAAAACCAACUUCAGUAUCAACAAGUAGUAGUGAUCAAAGUACUGAUAUAAGUACAGUUCCACCAUCACCUAAAAAUUUAUGUCAUAUGACACAAUCAGAUGACUCCAAUAAAAGUAAAGAGGCAGUAUUUGAACAAAUUUCUUCAUUGGCAAGUCAUGAACAAUUAAUGAAUAAAAAUCCUCGCUAUUGUGUUCUUAUCGAUAAUGCAGAUUCAUCUGAAGAAUGUACAGAUAUUAAUGAAACAAAUCCAAGUGAAAGUCAAUCAGCAAAUAAUGAUAGAUAUCGUGAAUCGAAAGCAACAAAAGCUAUGUCGGAUCUUGUUCAUUAUGUAGUUCCUGUACGAUUUAAAACAUUUGCACUAGCAGAAGAACGUAAUAGAAGUUUUGAAAUGUCAUCAUUUUCUGAAGACAGAGCAUUGAAUAUAGUUCGUGAACAAGCAAAAGAAUUUCUUUCUUAUAAUCAACGACAAUUAUGCCGAAUAUAUCCACGUGGUACACGUUGGGAAUCAAGUAAUUUUAAUCCAUAUAUAUUUUGGCCUAUUGGAUGUCAAAUGUGUGCAUUAAAUUAUCAAACAUUAGAUGUCCCGAUGCAACUUAAUUUAGGCUUAUUUUCAUUUAAUAAUGCUUGUGGUUAUAUAGAAAAACCAUUAGCAUUAUGUCAAUUAAAACGUUCAUUUGAUCCAAGAGUUCGAAUGAAUAUUGAAAAUGUUGCCGGUUAUCAAAUUCAUAUAAAAGUUAUAUCGGGUCAAUUUUUAUGUCAAGAUCGUGAACCAACAUUUGUUGAUAUUCAAAUGUAUGGAAUGUAUGGUGAUACUACUAAACGACAUGAGUUUCUUGUGCGUGCUAAACGUUGGAAUGGUUUUCAAGCUAUUUAUGAUGAUACAGAUAUUGAUUCAAAUAAAUAUAAUAUUCGAUUUCCAAAUGUUACUUUACCAGAAAUGGCGGCACUUCGUUUUGUUGUUUCAACUGAAGAUGGAACAUUCAUAGGACAAAGUUUUAUACCUAUUGCUCAUAUACGUCCAGGUUAUCGUUAUGUUGUAUUACGAAAUCAAAUAAAUAUACCUAUUAAUUCAUCAAGUUUAUUGAUAUUUAUCGAAAUCAAUAUUCAUAUUAAUGCUGAAUAUCAAGAUAUUGCUAGUAAACUUGUUGAUCCAUUAAUGAGUCAAACUAAGAAUUUAAAUAAAUCAGAUCAAGAUUCAAAUAAUGAAACAAAUAAAUAUGAUAAAAUUGUUUCGAAAAUUUUAGUACGAAAUCAUAGUUUAUCAUCUAUUCAACAAGAAAACACUGGUAGAACACAGAUCGAAACAAUAUCAUCAGAUGAAACAAAGUCGUAUCAAAAACAUUUAAUUGCUGCUAGUAGAUUACAUGAGAGAAAAAUUUUAUGUAACGUUCUUUCAUUAAAUGAUAUCAUAUCCAAAGAAAUUGUUAAAGGAGAUCGAACUAUUCAUGACAAACUACGACGAAUUUCAAUUGAUUAUCAAAAGAAAAUUGAAAAAGAAGAAGAUAUUUUUCAACGAUGUUUUAAUCUUCAAUGUGAUACUCAUCGAGACAAAUCAACAAUGACAAAUAAUUCGGAAAAUAAAUAUCAAACAACAAGUGAAAUUCUGAAAAAAGUUAUUAUUCAACUAAAAUUAAAUUUAUUAAUUAAUUCAUUUUCAUUUAUAUUUUGUUUUUUUUUUUCAAAGAAUAUUGAACAAGCUGAACAAUCUUUACUCUCACUUCAUUCAAAAAAAUUUAAUCAACAAGAAGAAUUAGAAUGUAGCAGUUUAGAUGAAGUUCGUAUAUUCUUAAGUGAAAAUGUCAAAAUAAAAGUUUUCAUAUGGAAUUUAUUAUUUCUUAUAGUAUUAUAG